AUGGUCGGCCUCAGUCGAGAUGCACAACUACUGGCUGGGGCUUGCCUCCUGCGCCUGGCCCUCGCCCUCACCCUUGCUACCUACUUUGCGCCUGACGAGUACUGGCAGGGACCAGAGGUGGCCCAUGCCCUGGUCUUUGGCUACGGACACACCACCUGGGAGUGGUCCACUGCCCGCCUGCGCUCGCAUCUGCACCCAGCCAUCUUUGCUGCUCUCUACGCGCUGCUCGCCGCCAUCGGUGCAGACACUCCCGCCGCAGUCAUUUAUGCUCCGCGACUGCUCCAAGCCCUUGUUCAGGCCGCAACUGAUGUGCUCGUUGUCCGCCUCGUCAUCGCCCGCCUCCCGCGCGGCAAGCUUGUCUUCCCCGCUGCUGCCGCAGUCCAGCUGGGAUCAUGGUACGCUGCCUUUUGCGGGACGCGAACUCUCUCGUCGACGAUGGCCGCGCUCCCGGUCGCUGCCGCCCUCCUUGCUUGGCCGGCGUCCGGGAGCAGCGCAUCGCUCCUCGCUGCUGACCCAGCCUCGCUCCCACAAGCCGAUCGGGCUACGCUUCGCCGCUGUAUCCUCCAAAGCGCCGGGUGCAUGGCCGCCGCCGUUGCGCUCCGCCCCACUGCCGCCGUCAUCUUUGCCGCGCUCUACACUGCCACUCUCGUCCAAGUCGCCGCAGCCGCAGGCGGCCGUGGCCUCUUCUCCUCUGCGCUCGCGCACUACACACUGAGUGUACUGCUGCCCGCCGCGUUGGGAGCCGUGGCACUGCUUGUGGCCAUUGACUCUGCGCUCUACUGCGCGUGGACCCUUGCACCGCUCAACUUUGUCUCGUUCAACCUCGCUCACUCGGUGGCCGCCUUCUACGGCACUCAUCCGUGGCACUGGUACCUGACUGCCGGUGUGCCCGAGCUACUCGGACCGGCGCUCGUUCUCUUUCUCGCUUCGUGGCUCUGCGGCCCGGUGGCGGGCGCUGCCGCCGCGCUCCGCCAGCUGGAUGUCGUCCUGGCAGCCGCGCUUGGUGUCUACUCGCUGCUUGGCCACAAAGAGUCCCGCUUUCUGUAUCCACUCCUCGCCGUCUUUCACGUCCGCACCACCGCCGGGGCCAUCGGCCUCUACUCGGCGGCAGUCGCUGGCGCCACCCGCACCAAGCGCUGGGCAGCAGCGUCGCUCAUCGGCCUUGUGGCGAUCGCUGCUGUCGUCCUCACCGCAUACACCUGCUUUGUUCACCAGCGUGGCGCCAUCGAUGUCAUGUGGGACAUCCAGGCCCGCGCUCACGGGCCACACCCGCCGCCGUCGGUCACCUUUCUCACCCCUUGCCACGCCACCCCGUUCCACUCGUUUGUCCACGCACCCAAUCUCACGCUUCGGUUCCUCGACUGUUCGCCGCCAUUUGCCGAAGACGCCUAUCGCACCCGUGGUGUCCUCGACUUUGCCUCCUACGUCGACGAAGCCGAGGCCUUUGCCUUGGAUCCCGCACAUUGGCUCGAGCAACACGGCGACAGCAUUGAUGACUCCCCCGGCGCACUCGUUGUCGCCUUUGCAUCGAUCGAGCCGCACAUCCGCCCAUGGCUCGACUCGGCGAGCUACGUCGAGUCUGCUCGCCACUUUCAUGCUCAUCUCGCAGUUGACCGCGGCGUUCAAUCCGAGCUCGUUGUGUGGAAGCGCUCUGCCACCUAA